AUGGAAGUCAGCCUAGCUGAAUCUGAUGCAAAAAUGAAAGUCCUGGAGCACUUUGAGACUGGUUCACAAAAUCCAACACAAGAAAAAUAUGAUGGCAUGAAUGACUAUUUAAAGGACUACAGAUUAAAAACACAUAUGUCAAUGGAUGCAGAGCCGUCUCCAAUUUCCUUUGCUGAGUUCGGAUCCAUUCCCAAGACACCACUUCAAAGGCUUAUACACCAACAACCAAGACCACCAGAAAAUAUUGAUAAUGCAAAUCAAAGCUCUCAACAAACAGCUAGAGAUGCAGGAAUUACAGGGACAAAUACUAAUGACAAUUUCCUGACUGUGAUGCAAAGACAAAAUGACAUUGUUAAUUUACUUGUACUUCAACAAAAACAAGCAUCACUGCCCACUAGGGAAAUCCCAGUCUUUGAUGGCAAUCCCCUGAAUUAUCAAAUAUUUGUGAGGGCAUUUCAACAUAGCAUUGAGGAGAAAACCACCAGUAACCAGGAUCGAUUAUAUUACCUGGAACAAUAUACUUCGGGAUCCUGCAGGGAACUGGUGAGAAGCUGCCUUCACAUGGAUGCUAAUAGUGGCUUUGCUGAAGCUAAGAGACUGCUAAAAGUGCAUUUUGGAGAUGAGCUCAAGAUAGCAAGCGCAUAUAUGGGAAAAGCACUCAACUGGAACACUAUAAAGGCAGAGGAUGGAAAGUCACUGCACUGUUAUGCACUUUUUCUGAGAGGCUGCUGUAAUGCAAUGAGGGAUCUGCAGAACAUGGAGGAGCUGGACCUGCCAUCCAACCUACGGCUCAUUCUUUCAAAGCUACCUUACAAACUAAGGGAGAAGUGGAGAACAGCAGCUUGUGAUAUUCUGGAGCGGAGCCAUGAAAGAGCAAGAUUACCUGACCUUGUUGUAUUUAUUGAAAGACAAGCUAGAAUACUUCAAGACCCUCUCUUUGGUGACAUUCCCGAUCAACUUAACAGUACAAAGGCGGCUUUCAAGACCAAGACUCUUGUUGAUCCAUAUCGAAAUAAGAGCAAAGGGAGCAGUUUUGCAACCACAGUGGCUAUAGUGUCAGACAGGCGUGCAGAGAAACUCAAAGAAGACAAAUAUCCUGUUAAAAGCUACAUUUCCUCCACUAACAAUGACACCUCAUGUACUUUUUGUACAAGUAAACAUCCUUUAGCUGAAUGCCAUAAAAUACAUUCAGUAUCUCAUGAAGCUAAAAUUGAGUUUCUGAAAGAGAAGGGACUAUGCUUUGGCUGCCUGAAGGUGGGGCACUUGAGCAGGAACUGUAACAGGAGAAUGACCUGUCAAAUCUGUCAUGCUAAGCACCCAACUAUUCUGCACAUUAAAAGAUCUUCAAAGCCUGAAACUGAGAACUUUAAACAUGGUAAGGCAGAGCAGCAGAGUGGGGGAGCAAGGCCUGAUGAGACAUCCAUCAGCAGUGCUCUUGUUUCAGUAGGAGAAGGUGAAGGAAUCGGGGCUGGUAAAGACAGCAUACUUGCCAUAGUGCCAGUGAAGGUGAAACUCUGCCAUGGAAAUAAAAGCAUACUGACCUAUGCAUUCCUGGACCCUGGUAGUACCGACACAUUUUGCACAGAAGGGCUCAUGAGGCGGCUUGGUGCUAGAGGACGGAGAACUGAAGUCCUUCUUCAAACGAUGGGAACAGAGAAAACAGUCAGGAGUUUUGAGGUAACAGGUCUAGAAGUGGGACAUAUGGAAGAUGGCACAUAUAUAAACUUGCCCAAGGUUUACACUCAGAACAAAAUCCCUGUUACCAAAAGAAACAUUCUCACCCAGGCGGACCUCAAGAAAUGGCCUUAUCUGCAGGACAUCCAAAUAAAAGAAAUAGAUGCUGACGUGGGACUUCUUAUUGGAGUAAAUACUCCAAAGGCUAUGGAACCAUGGAGAGUUAUAAAUAGCCAAGGAAAUGGCCCAUAUGCAGUGAAAACACUGUUAGGAUGGGUCGUUAAUGGUCCACUUAAUGCUACCACAGAUCUGGAUGAUGAAACCCCUGUGGCAUUAGUGAACAGGAUCUCAAUUGUUCACCUUGAGAAGCUAAUUGAAAGACAAUAUAUUAACGACUUUCCAGAGAAAGAGUAUGAAGAGGAAAGACAAAUGUCAGCUGAUGACCGAAAGUUCAUGCAGAUUGUAUCAAGCUCGGUUUCUCUUAAAGAUGGCCACUACAAUUUACCUCUUCCUCUAGAUAAUCCAAACAUUAUCAUGCCAAACAACCGCCAAAUGGCAGAGCAACGAGCAAUGUCACUAAAAAGGAAAUUCCAGAAGGAUCAGACCUAUGCAGCUGAGUAUAAAGGCUUUAUGAGUGACAUUAUCAAAAAAGGAUAUGCAGAGAAAGUACCAUCGGACGAUCUACAUGUGGAAAACGGCAAAGUGUGGUAUAUACCCCAUCAUGGUGUCUAUCAUAAACGUAAAAAAACGAUCCGUGUGGUCUUUGAUUGUGCAUCAUCCUAUAAAGGCAAAUCCCUCAACAGUGUACUCCUUCAGGGCCCUGACUUGGCAAACUCAUUGAUUGGUGUUCUACUCAGGUUCCGUCAAGAGCCCAUCGCCAUUAUGGCAGAUAUUGAGGGGAUGUUUCACCAAGUGCGUGUAAACGAGGAGAACAUAAACUUGCUGAGAUUCCUGUGGUGGCCUGAAGGAGAAACCAGCACAAAUCUGGAGGAAUACCGGAUGAGGGUCCAUCUCUUCGGAGCUGUUUCCUCUCCAAGCUGCGCAAACUUUGCAUUGCGAAGAACAGCUGAGGACAACUGUGGCAAAUUUGAUGGAGAAGUGGCAGAAACAAUCAAAUCAAAUUUCUAUGUGGAUGAUUGCCUCAAGUCGCUAGCAAGAGAAAAUCAAGCUAUAAGCCUUAUUAGGUCUCUCAGAGAAAUGUGUUCCCUUGGUGGAUUCAAACUGACGAAAUGGAUAAGUAAUAGUCGAGUGGUGCUAGAAUCCAUCCCUGAUGAAGACAAGGCUAAACAGGGGAAAAACUUGGAUCUGGACAGGGAUAAGCUGCCACAUGAAAGAGCACUAGGGAUGUACUGGGACAUUGAAAAUGAUAUAUUCAGUUUCCGUGUGACUGUGAACAACAAAACCCUUACAAGAAGGAGUAUACUUUCCACUGUCAGCUCUGUGUACGAUCCUCUUGGUCUUCUCGCCCCUUUCAUAUUGAAGGCAAAGCAAAUACUUCGAUUACUCUGUAAAGCCCAAUAUGGAUGGGAUGAAGAAAUUCAGGUGGAACUCUCAAAACCAUGGCAGAAAUGGCUCAAGGAUUUAGACCAGCUGGCAAGAUUCCAAAUUGACAGGUGUGUAAAACCCAAGAACUUUGGAAGAGUGAAAACUGCACAGCUACACACCUUUUGUGAUGCAAGUGAAGAAGGAUACGGUACCGCAAGUUACCUGAGAUUCACCAAUGACAUGGAGGAGGUACACGUAGCCUUUGUGAUGGGAAAAUCAAGAGUUACCCCACUAAAAGUCAUGACAAUUCCAAGGUUGGAACUCACUGCUGCUACAUUGGCUGCACGAAUGGACAAAAUGCUCCGAUCAGAGCUACAAGGAGAGCUUUUGGAAUCAGUAUUGUGGACUGACAGCCAGUCAGUACUGAAAUAUAUUCGAAACAGGACUAAGAGGUUCCACACUUUCGUGGCAAACCGGAUUGCCGUUAUUCAUAACCUCACAAAAGUGAACCAGUGGCGGUUUGUAGACACCAAAAACAACCCCGCUGAUGACGCUUCAAGAGGACUGAGCAUUGAAUCCUUUUACAGUUCAAAAGGAUGGCUUCAGGGUCCAGAAUUCUUGAAGAAAUCUGAAGCACAGUGGCCAAGUAUUCCAAAAGAACUUGGUUCUCUCCUUCCAGAUGACCCUGAAGUACGCAAAGAAGCGAUUGUCACCAGCAUUGUCACAUGUAAGAUGGAAAAAACUCCAACAAGUAAGCUCUUGGACUAUUAUUCUUCAUGGAAUGACCUAAAAAGAGCUGUUGCAUGGAUAAUGAAAUUAAAGACAAUCCUCCUGCAGAUGAGAGAAAAAAGAAAAGAUGACUCCACUGAUCUUGGAGCAAGGCAGGAUAAACGAAAGAGACUGAAGGAUCAGAUGCUUCUGCUCAAUAUGCCUACAGCUAAUGCACUAAGACUUUCAGUAGAGGACACAGAAACUGCUGAAAAAGCCAUUAUUUGCCACGAGCAGAGACAGCAUUUCAAAGAGGAAAUUGCCUUGCUGGAAAAAGGAAAACAGUGCAAUAGAGGAAGCUCCCUAUACAAGCUGGACCCUAUCAUUGAUGCCGGGCUUCUGAGAGCAUAG